AUGUCGAGCUUGCUCGACACCAGCGUACGGCGCCGCGGCGCCAAGGAUAGGAUCGGUGAGGCCCGCAAACUCCUACCGCCCUUCCGACAAAGACCCCAGGCCGCCUCGCUCGUAGGCAAGCGGAAGCUCCAUACCAAGCGGCGCGCCGCCCCGCUCGAAGAAGCGACCGACGACGAGACCGAGCGACCAGAGGAUCUCCUACCCGACUACCUCAAAAAGCGGCGCAAUGAGCGAGAAGCACAACAACAGAAAGGCGAUGAUCUUGGGUUCCGAACACCACCCACACACAAAGACAUUGGCCUGGGAACAUCACAGCACAAGAAGCCGAAUUUGCCUGGUGUGACACCACCACGACCACACGAAGCCAUCGAGCUCGAAUAUGGCACAAUACCGCCUUCUAUCGCCCAAUACCUCAAGCCCUACCAAAUCGAUGGCACCAGAUGGCUGCACGAGAAGUUUGUGAAGCAACAGGGUGCCCUUCUAGGCGACGAUAUGGGUUUAGGGAAGACAAUUCAAGUCAUCGCAUUCCUCACAGUGGCGUUUGGCAAGACAGCAGACGAGCGCGAUCUCAAGCGAAUGCGAUACAAGCGGAAAAACGAGCCAGGAACAUGGUACCCGCGAGUGCUCAUCAUUUGCCCAGGGACACUCAUCGAGAAUUGGAAGGUGGAGCUCGACCGCUGGGGGUAUUGGCACAUCUACACAUACCAUGGCAGCGCAUCUGCCAAAGAGGACGCAUUAGCAGCUGCAGAAGGAGGCAGGCUCGAGAUCAUGAUAACAACAUAUGACACAUACAAGCGCGAUGAGAGCUCCAUCAACUGUGUGACGUGGGACUGCGUUAUUGCUGACGAGGUUCACACCAUCAAAGAGCGCAAGUCACAAAACGCACAAGCGAUGAACAACGUCAACGCUCUCUGCCGUUUCGGCCUGAGUGGUACGACCAUCCAAAACAAGUACGAAGAGCUGUGGACACUACUGAAUUGGGCCAAUCCGGGAUGUGUGAGCACCAUCGCCAACUGGAAGAGUGCCAUUUGCAUGCCUCUGAAGAUAGGACAAAGCCACGAUGCGACGCUCUCACAACUGGCCAAAGCUCGACGUACAGCGAUCGGCUUGACCCAAAACUUACUACCGAAUUUCUGGCUGCGCCGCACAAAGGCCCUCAUCGCACAUCAAUUGCCAAAGAAGAGCGACCGUGUGGUGUUCUGUCCACUGACAGAGACUCAAGUCACAGCAUAUCAGAACUUUACUGACUCGGAGCUCGUACAUGCCAUUCGCGAUUCUUCUGAGCCCUGCUUCUGCGAUUCGGGUAAAAAGCAAGGCCACUGCUGCAGAGAAUCUAUUGAAGGCUUCGGCGGAUGGAAAAAUCAGGUAUUUCCCGCACUGGUCACACUACAGAAGCUUUCCAACCACGUCGCUCUCAUGGUGCCAAAAGCGGAUGCCGAUGCCGAACGACUCGAAAAAGAUUUGGAAAAGCUCAGGAUUGCCUUGCCAGACGACUGGGAAGAAUUGUACCAGAAUAGAGACAAUCUUAGCUUUCUUGCACGACCGGAAUUCUGUGGCAAGUGGAAUGUACUAAAGAAGCUCAUGAAGCUGUGGUACGACAAUGGAGACAAAGUCCUCAUUUUCUCCCACUCGGUGCGACUGCUCCGGAUGCUAAAUCUUCUGCUCAAAUUCAAGACGUCCUACAACAUUUCCUUCUUGGAUGGUAGCAUGACAUACCUCGAUCGGCAGAAGGAAGUCGACGCGUUCAACUCUCAGCCCAGCCAAUUCGCUUUCCUGAUUUCGACAAAGGCUGGAGGUGUAGGACUGAACAUCACCAGCGCCAACAAAGUAGUCGUCGUCGACCCGAACUGGAACCCGGCAUACGAUCUACAAGCACAGGAUCGCGCAUACCGCAUCGGCCAGACCAGAGAUGUGGAGGUCUUCCGUCUUGUUUCUGUCGGCACAGUAGAGGAGAUUGUAUACGCGCGACAAAUCUACAAGCAACAACAAGCCAAUAUUGGAUACAACGCUUCGGUUGAGCGCCGCUACUUCAAGGGUGUGCAAGACAACAAAGACCAGAAGGGCGAGAUUUUCGGACUGGCAAACCUCUUCGCACCAGUACAGGCCAAUGUUGUGUUACGAGAUAUAGUCAAUAAGACGAACAUUGCAGAGACCAAGGCUGGCAUUGACAUCGUUGGCCUGGAUCUGGAAGCAAGUCAAGAGGACGAGGACGACUUCGUGCUGGACCCAGACUCACGGACGGCGGCCAUCGAAGCCCUUGCCGCAGAAGUCAUUGACGAGCCCAGUCGAAAGCGCAAGCUCGCCAAGGAGGCAGCCAAGAAGAAAGAUCCAGUACAAGCAAUCCUUGCCGCUGCUGGAGUCUCAUACACGCACGAGAACGCCGAGGUCAUUGGGACGAGCAAGAUUGAAACCAAGCUGUCCAGCCGAGCACAGAAGGGUGCAGAUGACCCAGACCACAUCAACCAGCUCGCAUUCGCCCGCUCCCAGCAAUCACAGACGCCCGCACUGCCUCGGCCUGGAACGGGUUUCCAGGCAAAUUACGGAGGCGGUGGGGAUGGAGAGGGCGAGGUGAGAGUCAAGUACAAGUAUCAGCCACCAGAGGAAGUGAGGAGACGUCAAUUCUGCAGCAUGUCUGCCCAUUUUGGGUAUGAAAAAGUGGAAGAGUUCGCACUGGUGGUCGAGGGCUGGACGCAGCAGCAGCGUCGCGACUGCCUAGAGCUGUUUUAUAAGCAGCGGAGAGCAGAGCUCACGCCGUAGGAGUUUUUUUGUUUUUUGUUUUUUUGCCGAUGCACUUGAUAGCGAAGAUACC